UAAUCUCUUAUCUCUAUGCAUUUUCCGUGGAAAACAGGAAAAUGCUGAAUGCAGAAUGAAAUAAUUUUCUGCAUGAAUAGCGGUUGUGGAUUAUAAUUAUUUCUAUUUUAUGACUCUAUUAUAUAGAAAUAAAAAUACAAUUCAAUUGCUUUUUUACAUUUUGUAUUAUUAGACUAUUUAGUAUUUAUUAACUGUCGAGCGUGUUUUAUUUACCAUUUAUUGAAUCAUAUAUUUAAAAUAAAGAUAUGGGUAAGUGGCAGUUGGAGGUGUUACGAAUGGGUAUUUAUAUGGCAUUUCCUGUUAUAUUAUUCCAUUACUUCAACUUACCAGAAAAUUAUGAAGAUAAAGUAAUAAAAUUCAAAAGGGAGAUGUUUCCGCCAGAAAGACCAGAACCUCAACAAAAAAUUUCUGACCUAAAAAGGAUAUUCCAAGAACGAAGAGAAGCAGAAUUAAAAAGAGUUUUUGAAGAAUAAAUGAGAUGAUCAUUGCACAUAUUAUAAAUUAUCAUAUUUUGUAUAUAUUGUAAUAAAAUAGUUUUGUUAAAAAAAUUAUAAUUAGACAGUUUUAGAUUAGUAUAAAAAUUAAACUAACAAUUAUUUAUUUACGUAUCUAAAUAAAAAAAAUCUUAAUUCA